AGCACAUGCAUCUGGAGUCUGGACCCUCUAUCCUCCUUUAAAACACCACGAUGCCAAUUACACGCAAGGUCGGCCCUCGUAAACGCGCUCAGGUAUCUAGUGAAGAUUCAGAGCCAGAAUCUCUUCACAGCGACGCGCUCGACGACCCGCCGCCCAAGAAACGCGCGCGCUCUUCCAAUGCCAAAUCCGGCUCAUCUUCGAAACCCAAGUCCAAGUACAGGAAACGCAAAACCAAUGAGGAUGAUACCAAAGAUGAAGAGGACGCAUAUGGGAGCGACAUAGACCUUAAGGAGGGGCAGCAAGUUGUGGGUCGGGUUGUGCAAGCUCCAAAGACUGGAUGGGUGCCACCUGGCCAGAUUUCACAGAACACGCUUGAUUUUCUAGCGCAUCUCAAAGACCCCGCGUGUAACGACCGCGAAUGGUUCAAGCUACACGAGCCAGUAUAUCGUCGCACUGAGAAGGAGUUCAAGGAGUUUAUCGAGGAGUUCACUAACAUGCUUACAGAGGUCGACUCCCAGAUUCCCCCGCUGCCUCCCAAAGACGUCAUACAUCGCAUUUAUAGAGAUAUCCGCUUCAGUAAUGAUAAAACGCCAUACAAGAGAGGGUUAUCUGCGAGUUUCUCGAGGAGUGGCAGGAAGGGAAUCUUUGCUUUUUACCACAUAAUGAUCAAGCCGGGUAACGAGAGCGUCAUCGCCGCAGGGGCAUGGUGUCCUGCUAAGAACGAACUCACAACUCUCAGAAAUCACCUACUUCGCUCCACACCCGCUGCUAAGACGCUGCACACUAUCCUUUCUUCUAAAGCAUUCACUACCCACUUCGGCCCUCCCCGUCCACACCCGCGAGGAGAACGUCAGAGUGUGUUUGGGCAUGAAGAUCAAUUGAAGGUCGCACCAAAGGGUGUGGAUAAGAAUCACAAAGACAUUGCCCUCCUCAAAUGCCGCUCCCUCGCAGUUUCCUACCGGUUCACAGAUGCCCAAGUCGUUGCACCUGGUUCCGAGUUUAUGGAUGUACUACGUGCGGUUGCGGAUGUGAUGACGCCAUUUGUCCAUUGUUUGAAUGAUCUUAUGACACUUCCUGUGGACAACGGGUCGGAUGAGGAGAGCGAGGAAGGUGAUACUGGAGGUCCGGAUGAAGGUGAGAGUGACGAGGGGGAAUGAGGGGACGGGAGCUUGGGUUGGUUUACGGAAGCUGAGCUAGCUGUUUUUUCAUUACCGCUGUUUACAGCUAUCUUCAUAUCGAUACUAUCACUCCUGGGAAUCUGCAACUGGCAUGUAAUAUGCAAAAUGUUCAAAACACCUCAAUGCGCUGCUUGAAUCACCUCGAAAAAAUUCAUGUGUAUGUAGGCUACUUAGAGAUGAUGUACUGUCCAAGUAGAAUAAAAUUUUCUUGAGUGUUGCAGCUGCGAGAGACAGAAUAGUGGUGAUUUGCAACCUUGUAUAAUCAUAAAUGAUCCAGAUCCCAAAGAUCCUAGAGAGAUAUUCAAAAAGUUACACCCGGAGCAUAUCAAACACCUCGUCAGGGUGUCAGAACACAAUUUCGAUAGAGGCCAUUCUCUCGUUUUAAGAUGCUAUAGACAGAGGAUUGACGACAUGUAUGAAAGCGUGACAGCAGAUAGGAGAGUGUGUAAGAAAUUCAAUCUCCUC